CACCUCUUCUUUUACUUAUUUUCAAUAUGACUAUUUUCACAUCACCCAAGCAGCCUGUCGCAAUCCCAGAUACUGAUAUCUACUCAUUUGUGUUUAGCCCCAACGUAUUUAAUACGACACGCCCUCAAGAUAGACCUUUGUUAAUUGAUGGUUUGACAGGUGACUCAUUAUCUUUUACAGAAUCUAAAGAUUUAACUGCUCGUAUCGCGAAUGGCUGGAAAGAAAAUGUCGGAUUAAAAAAGGGAGACGUUGUUGCAGUCUUUGCUCCCAACCAGUAUGACCAUGCAAUUUUGUAUUUUUCAUUAUUAGCUGCUCAAUGUACUGUCAGUCCUGGUAACCCCAGUUAUACUGAAGAUGAAUUCAAUCACCAAGUCCAAAAGUCAGGGGCAAAGGCUAUUGUUACUGUGCCCUCUUUACUCCCAGUCUUAAAAAGAAUUGCUAAAAAGAACAAGAUUCCCCAAGAUAUGAUCUUUUUAUUCGGUAACGAAUCUUUUGACGGUAUUCGAACAUUCAAAUCAAUUGCCUCAAAUCACAGUGAUAUCAGAUUACCAAUCCAAGAAAUCCAAGCGGCGGAUGAUCUUGCCUUUAUUUGUUUCUCAAGCGGUACAACGGGUGUGGCAAAGGGGGUCAUGUUAACACAUCGAAACUUUGUUGCUCAAAUGGUCAUGGUGACGGAUUUCGAAGGAACCGAUUCCAAUCAAAAGGAAGAUAUCAUCAUUGGAUUUCUGCCGUUUUUCCAUAUCUUUGGCCUGACUACGUUGGUCUUUCGGGCAUUCUACUCCAAUACCCCCGUUGUUGUUAUACCUAAAUAUGAUUUGGAAUUGGUUUGCCAACUGAUCGAAAAGUAUAAAAUCACAAUUGGUCCGAUUGUUCCACCAGUUGCUGUUCAUUUUGCAAAAAAUGAUAUUGUCUUGAAAUAUGACCUAUCCUCUCUUCGCAUCAUCAGUAGUGGUGCUGCUCCUCUUGGUGUUGAGCAUAUUGAUGCGCUUCAACUACGUAUCCAAGCUCCCGUAAGACAAGGUUAUGGCAUGACAGAAACAACAGCAGGCUGCAUUUAUCAAAAAGUUGGUGUUAGUCCCCCAGGCUCCACCGGAGUUCUAAUUUCCAACAUGAAAUGUAAAAUUGUAAACGAACAGGGAGAGGAACUUGGAGCAGAUCAGGCCGGCGAAGUUCUGUUGAAAGGUCCUGUUAUCAUGAAGGGAUAUUUGAAUGACGAGAAAGCAAACAAAGAAACAUUCACAAGAGACGGUUGGAUGCGUACAGGCGAUGUUGCAAAAUAUGACUCCAAAACAGGCGAGUUUUUUAUAGUGGAUCGUUUAAAAGAGCUUAUUAAGUACAAAGGAUACCAAGUAGCACCCGCAGAGCUAGAAGCAUUACUUAUGAGUCACACAAGUAUUGCAGACUGCUGUGUUGUGGGUGUAUAUGAUUCAUCUCAAGCAACAGAAAUUCCCAGAGCCUAUGUUGUGCUUCAACCCAACAUAAAGAACAAUAAAAUAACAACAGACAUGAUUUCUAAAUUUGUAGAGGAUAAUGUGACCAAUUACAAGAAACUUCGAGGUGGUGUUCGUGUCAUUGAUAAAGUGCCUAAAAGUGCCAGUGGUAAAAUUUUAAGAAGAGAAGUGAAGGAAUGGAUACGACAAGAGCAAAUUUCAGAAACUUCCAGAGCUCGUCUCUAAUGUGCGUCUUACGUAGACUUGGAACCCCUUUCACACCCUUUCUGCCAUUGUAUAAAUAAAAUAUAAGACCGGACAAAUAUGACAUCUAGAC